GUUGCGUGUUGUCUCAUAGAUUUCUCCAUAAUAAUAUGUAUGUCCUCCAUCCUUAUAAUCUAUAUUCUGACAGAUGCGCCAGCUUCCCUCUAAGGCCGUUCUGAAUAUAUAAUUUAACACAGGGUAAUAUUACCACCGAGACGUCGCGAACACCGCAAAUGUGGUUCCGCCCUAUGCCCCUCAUCCUCAUCACGGAUGAGGACCUGACAUACCACGGGAAGAUAUUAAGCGCCAAGUAUGAAGAAGGGCGACUUCGAGCAAUUCAUGCGAUGGUGUGCAUAAGCGAGCACCGCGGCCGGCCAAGGGUAAGGCCCAACUUGACCAUACGGGACUGAAGAUAAAGAAGAGAUUGCCAACGCCAGCUAGCUUCCCCAGCGACACCCUUCGCCCGUGAAUCCAGGCAAUUCAUCGAGUCCAAAGGUCGGACUGUGACAACGGAUAGGCUAUGAAGUGGGAAAGAUUUCCACGGCCGCCGUAGGACUGGGAGAGUUUUGCCCUAUGAAGGAUAUGUAUUGGGCGGGUGGAUGGAUGCUAUCUAGCAGAGAUUGGGGAGAAUGGAUGGAG